ACAUUCAACAACAAGCAUUGUCUUUCUCACAACCUCCUAGACUGCUUUCUUAUUCGAAUGAUUUCAUGCGCGGUUCCGGGCGAUAUCUCAUUUCUAGUUGGCGGCGAACUCGUCGACGAAUCAAAGAAAGUCUUGUUUUAGCUCUUGCGGCCCCGGAGAAUAUUGGCAGGGGCAGGAAGACAAGCUUUUCAGCUCAGCAGGCUCACAGGCUCACACCCGCCCACAAAUCCAGCCCUGGCAUGCCACCACGACCACGGAUUUUGUCGUUCGUUUUGAUUGAGAGAAGGCUGUGAAACCGCCGGUCUCAGCCUUCUUCCUGAAGCUCAAUAGAACCACGAGUCUGGUUCGAUGAAUGGCAUCUCGCAAUGACA